CAUCUCAUUUCAUCUCAUCUCAUCUCAUCCUUCACUCACGCUUUCCCCCUCUCAUCGAGUCGACGAGUCCCAUGUCCUCUCUCCCCCCCAUUCAAAAGCCUCGACACAAUGGGAACAUGACGGGGACCCUGGACAGCACUUCCCAGAAAGCUACGAACAAGGGUUGCGAUCAAGGCACGCAGGCACGCUUGAAAGGAAAAGCGGGGAUAGAUUCAGACACCAUUGACCAUCCAUGUUUAGACCCCCAAAGAUCACUGACAAGGGCAGGGCGGCUCAUCAGUAAACCAUCCACACCCACCCACACACACACCCCUCUCCAUCAUAUUCGUCGUCACCAUAUUCUCUCUCUCUCUCUCUUUUCUACUAGGUACGUACGGCUGUGUGUCUCUCUCUCAUCCAGGACCCAUGCCGACCAUCAUUCUCAUCUUGCCCACGCCCUCAGAGGCCCGGCGAGGUACUCUACGCCUCUACGCCACCCCUCUCUAGCCUACCAACGAGUUAGAACACCCGUCUGUGGUGGCUCGCUGGCUCGCCGCCUGGGGCUGGCUGUGCCGCUGUCUACUAUGUCUACUAUGUCUAGACGUCCUUCAACCUUUCAGUCUGGGCUGGUCCCCGGCGCUGCUGCACGCUUGCUGCAAGUUCUCCGAUUCCUGGGACGAGCUAUAACCUGUCGGCCAACCUUAGUCUCCGAUGCUUUUCUUGCGCCCUCUCCGGUCCUACGUUAGGCCCGGGAAACAGGGACGGACGCCAGACUGAUACAGACUGGUUCGGGAGGGCAGAGAAACGCGAAAUAGACCAAAGGGAAGGGCAAGGCAAACUAUCAGAAACUGCUAGCGUCGUCGGCAUCUGC